GAUCCUAUGACAAGACAAGUCGCACGAUUUUUCUGCCAUUUGGCGAUGCAUACAGCUGGACCUACAAUUCGGACUUUGCAGGUUGGACGGAGUAUGCAGCCGUUACGCUGAACCUUGCUUUCUUUAGCCCCGGAAAGCUGAGAGUUGAGUUCGACAAAGACUUCCGAUCUGCAACGAUGCAGAUUGUUCUGGCCGGCGUCAGUUUGGCAGAUGUGGCGGGGCUCUGGGCGAUGAACCGGACGGAUGAGUCAGGGGAGUUUUGGAACCGAAUGCAGUGGGAUCAUGGCAAGUGGAGGUUCAUCUAUGACAUCAGUAAGGCCGUUGAUGCUGGCGGAGACAAAUUGCCAGCUUGGUCGCAGAUGGUGAAGUCUGCCAUUGCUGGAACUAUGGUACAUGGAAAUGGGUGUGGCCACACAAUGGUAAAAACCGAUGUGCAGCUGAUGCACG